AUGAGUGCAGAAAGGUGAAGACGUCCAUAAAGAGUGCAACAAGCUGCAAGGAGGCUGUCAGCAUAAAAACACCGACUCUGAAGAGCAGUGACGCCUGGCAUACGGAAGAGGGCGGUAACGGGCAGCAACGUGAGCUUGACGCUCCUGCACAAAGCACAGAAGAAGAAGAAACGCCCCGGUCGGGAGGAAGGAGUAUACGUGUGUGGAGGAGCUGGUGACAGUCCGUGGAGCUGUUAUGUGCGUGUCUCAUUUGUUGCAUGCAGGCUUUACCUCGGCGCGCUGUUGCACGGUUCCCAUCGUUUUCUGUAACGGCCAAAUGAGUCAGACAGUAACGGUCGAGCACCGCAGCUGAUACUCUAUCAUUCAGAAAUGGCAGCCGAUGAAAUCGACUACAACAUCGUGUUUCCAGAUGCGGGGACAUCGGAGAGACACUGGCAGGGGACAAAGGAGCCAGUUGUGAUACUAUUGGGCUGGGCUGGAUGCAAAGACAAGCACCUCUCCAAAUACAGCUCCAUCUACAAUGAACAGGGCUGUGUCACCAUCCGCUAUACAGCGCCUUUAAAGACGGUCUUCAUCUCGGAGUCAUUUGGAUACAAGGAGCUGAGAAGCACGGCUCUCAAACUGCUGGAGAUCCUCUAUGACUAUGAGGUGGAGAACAGUCCUGUUUUCUUUCACACGUUCAGCAAUGGCGGCUUCAUGCUGUACCGUUACAUUGUAGAGCUGCUGCACAACGACAGACAGUUCAGUUCGCUGUCUGUCGUUGGGGCCGUCGUGGACAGCGCCCCGGGUAGCGGGAACGUUCGUGGGGCUCUACGUGCACUGACAGCCACCUUAGGCCCCAAAAUAAAUCCAGUUUUAAGGUACAUCCUCCUAGUGCUUUUUGCUGUGACUGUUUUCCUUUUGCGAAUUGUGCUAUACCCCUUGACCAAGUACAUUCACAAGAACCACUAUGAUGCCGUGCAGGACAGGCCGCCUGCCUGGCCUCAUUUCUUCCUGUACUCCAGAGAUGACCAGGUGAUAAGGCACAGGGAUGUUGAGGUUUUUUUGGAGACUUUGAAGCAGAAAGGCAUCCCUGUGGACAGUUUUGAUUUUGUCUCCAGCCCCCAUGUUGGCCAUUUCCGGGAUUUUCCUGAGCAGUACGCUCUCAAGUGCCACGACUUCCUGAUUGCCUGCAUGAAGGACUUGGAAGAGACUGAAACAAGAAGGAGACGACGUGUCGAAAGUCAGUGAAACUUCUGCAAAUCUGUCGUUUGUAGAUGAUAAAGGGAAGUGAAGAAAAUCAGACUGCUUUCAGUGAGACAAUGGGGAAUGAAAUUCUGCCAGUUUAUUAACUCACCUGAAGCAGUCCUGUACCACAUGAACCUAAUAACUAAUACAAUCCAAAAGGUAGCUAUACACUGGAGAAUUUGGAGUCAUCCUUUAGGAAAAUUUAAAUGAUAUUUAAUAUUGAUGUGAAAUGUGAUGCAUUGUAGAUUAGCGGUAGUGGUAAGCAGUUUUGAAAUUGAGAAGGCUGGUUGAUCUGUAUCGCCUAUUUAUUAAAUUUAAUAUAUGUUUUUAUGUUCUCAUGAUUCUAUAUUGACUAAGAAUAGAAGGACGCUUAAAGGGAAGCAAAUUUCAAAAGAAGUGAUUGUUUUCUUCCCUAAUGGAAGUCUGAAAAUUGUUACAUGGAGUAAAUUCCUUUUAUUUUAAUGUGCAAAAAAUUGUAGAAUACCCAGCCCUAAUAUGUGAGUUUUACCAUUAAUUUAAGGACGAAGUUGAUUAACAAUGAAUGUAAAUGUCCUCUACAACUAAUGUGUUCUUUUUAACUGACGUGCCUUCAAUAAACCUGAAUGCUCAGAACAG